AUGGCCGACGACGAAGAAAAUGAUCCAACAGCACCAUUUAAUGAAUUAGAAGCAUUUGAUUCUUUUUGGCAAGCUUUAACAUGGAAGCAAAUUAAAACACGUGUUCCAAUAUGUGCAAGAAAAACAAUUCGUAAUCGAUACUUUGCCGCUAAUAUUGUUUAUCUUAUCUAUGCUAUUGGUAUUCUUCUUAUCGAUUUUUCACCAGCAAUCACUGGUGGCAAAGAUCCAUACGAAGACCCGUGCGUGUGUGGCAAUACGACUGUUGAUAAUAGUACCGAAGAAGUAGGAGGGACGAACUAUGCAGCUAUAGUCAAUAAUAUGUAUAUUGGCUUAGGAGUAAUACAUGUUAUUUCUGCUACAUUGUAUUGGUGGUCAUGGAAAGAUCAUUGUUGGAAUGAUGUUAUUAUGCUACCUGAAUACUUGAAUCAUAUUGAAGCAGCUUUAUAUUUAUGGGCUGCUAUAUGGUAUGCAAGAGCAGCCGAUGAGGAUUAUUAUGAUUAUUAUACUUCAACAAUUCAUAUAAUUGAGACAGUUGCAGCAUUUGUUGAAUUAUAUGCAUCAUUCGGAUGGAUCAUGUCUUGGUAUCGAACAUAUACACGUACGAUUUGUCGUGGUUUUACAUUAGAUGAUCCCGAUACAGUAGCAUAUACAUUCACAACAUUAAGUUCAUUUAUUUAUAUAACCUAUAAUAUUCAAAUAUUACAAAACCCAGAAGAGUAUGGUACAAAUGAGCUUUAUAUUAAUGGUGAUCUUACUUAUUUUGUCGGUUGUAUUUUUUAUUUAUGGGCAAAUUUCAGAGACGAUGGUUGGCUGUGGUGGAUGCCUUUCGCUGGACAAUACGGUGUUGCAGCAGGAAGAAUACAAACAGAAAAACCUAUUGUAAUAGGUUUACCUCAUUUAUUAAUCGGUGGACCUGAACCAAUUAUAAGAUGUUUUCGGCGAUGUUGUGGAAAUGAUUCAGACGUAGCAAAUAAUGAAGUAGUACCUAUAGAUGGAAAACAAGGUGCAAACAUUCAUAAUACUAAAGAUUCUACAGAUCGAGUGUGA